AUGUAGUGUGCAGAGCUUUUUGAAUCAUUUGAUAUUAUAGGUCCAAAAUUAGAGCAAUUAAAUCAAAUUUUAUAAAAACUUCAUAUCAAUGAGACAAGCUAUUUUUAAGAAAUGGGUCUUGUUAAUUCUCAAACUCAUUAUAAACUUGGAUUUUAACAAGGCUCCAUUAGUGAUUCUAAUUAAUACGAUUGCUAUUGCGAAAAAGAAGAUUGUGGAAUAUGCAAAUAAAAUGUAGAGAGAAAUUAAUUUAUUUUUCCAGACGGAGUAACUUAUUCGGUAUAUAUUUGUAAUGGAGAAACCAAGAUUCCUGAUGAAAUCAACAAGCGAAUAAACAACAAUUGCAAAAUAGGUUUAAAAAUGAAGUAAAACUUUCAUUUGCGAAGAGAGGGUCUUUUUUUCUGCAAUAAUAAAAGAGACAAUACAAUUUUUGAGCGAAAGAAUUAUGAUACAAGUGGGCUAGUUAAUAAAUUUAACUCAACUAAAAAGCUUUUUUUUGUUGGAUAAAAGAUUGAGAAUUUUAUUUAUUAUGAAUAUGACAAUAUUCAGAUUAAGGAUACAUUUAACUAGUAGUAUUAUGCUAAUGGGUCCUACAAAAAGAUUAGAGUUUUCAUAUUCUUUGAAGUUGCAUAUGUGUUUUGCACAAUCUUUCCAGUGUUGAUGUUGUUUGAAGCUAUUCUUUAUAAGUUUCAUCAGUAUGUUUCUGAUAAAAGAUGUUAUUUUAUAAAUUAAGACCUACUUCAUUAAAAAGACUACAUUUUUGUUAGGAACAAUAUAUUUUAAAACCCCUAGUUAAUUAAAGCUUUUUGCAGUUUAAAAACAAUAAGACCAGAUUAAGACUAAUUCAUACAAUGCUGCCCAGAUAGUGAGUUCUAAAUUGGAAAAAUUCACUUAAGCAAUAUAACAAAUCCCCUUUCUAAAUGGAUUUAUGUCAAUAUGUUCAAAUACCUAUCAUUUGAUUUGCUCAUUAAUAUUUUAAUAAUAGCAUUAACUGAACAAAAGCUAUUUAUUUGCAGUUAGAAUAUUACUCUACUCACAUCUUUUAUGAUUGGGUUAGAAUAUUUAUUAAAGCCUUUAGAAUAUUAAAGUUAGUUCAUUUAUUGCAUACCUCAGUAAUUUGUUACACAAAAUUUAAAAGAUAUUCCUAUUCCUAUGGUAUUUGGUAUUCAUUCUGGAAUUGAUAGAUUCUUAAACUAAAUUAAAAUUAAUCAACAAUAAAUAUAAGAUUUCUAUGUGGUAGAUCUUGACUUUAAAGUAAUAAUUUCUAGUGACUCAAACAAAAAAAGAAUAUCAGAAUAAAGAGAUUUUAUCACUUAAGAGAAUAGAGCCUAACUUAAUAAAUUAUUUUUAACCUUAUAACCUCAUAUGAAGGAAUAAAGUUUCUUAAAUAAAUUAUCUGGAAUUAUAAAUAAAGAUAAAAAAUAUUAAAAAUAAUGUGAAGAGUAGCUGAGCUAGUAUACUCUCAAGUUUGAAUUUACUCCAAAAGAGUAUGAAACAUCUAUUUAAAUUUUAUAAAUAUUUUAGUAAAUACUUUAAAAUAAUAUAAUUGAACCAAGUAUUAUAAGAAAGUAAAGCGCUUAGUUUAAUAAUAACUCAAAGUAAUUCUUUACUUAAGUCAAAAAUAGGUCAAUCUCAUAUAAUCCUGAUGCUGCGUUUAAUAUUAAUAAUAAUUUCUUUAAAACAUUUAAAGAAACUUAAAUUUAUAAAAGUAUUUAAAAUGAUAGUUCUUUUAUUUAGCAAUAAAACUAUAUCAGAGAUUCAUGGUAAAAUAAUAAUAAUAAUUAAUGA